AUGGAUCCCCUCGAUAACAUGGCCGGCGCCCCCGUGCCCAAGAACUUUGACGCCGAGAACGCCCAGAACAACGAAGACAUCGAGAAGCAAUUCGCCGUCAAGGUCGUCCAGCACAUGCAGACCUACUGGUCCAUCCUCGAGCGCGUCAAGGGCUCAUCCCUCCGCCUGACAAAGAUCGACGACGAGAUCAUGGAGCACCUCAAGACCGACUUCCCCGAGUUCGACCCCGCCGCCAAGGUCAACGAGGACGAGAUGAAGAGCAAGGCCGGCAAGGAGCGCUGGCGAAAGUUCAUGAUGGCGUAUGAGAAGAAGGUGGACGACUAUAACUUUGGUACCAUGGUGCGCGAUAGACCCGACGUUGAGUAUGAGGAGGACACCACGAUCUUUGUGCCUCGUAUGCAGUUUUACGCUCUUGAGAUUGCACGAAACCGUGCUGGUCUCAAUGACUGGAUCUACGAGCAGGCUCAGGCUCAGAAGAACAAGUCCAAGUAA